UUACGUCAAUGUUUGUUUACUGGUCCAUUGACCGUGUUAGUAUGUGUAUAUUGCUCUUUUGCUUUCAGGACAUUCUUUUAAAUUUAUUAUAAUUAUGUACAAUGGCGUGUCCUGCCCAUGACAUUAGUCAGAGACCUCUUCAAAAUGCGAUGCGACUCGUAAAAGUGGCUAUUCAGUUGGAUUCGGGUAACAGACAUAAGGAAGCUUAUUGUGAAUACUUAAAGAGUGUCAAUUACAUCUCCCAUGCAUUACUCCAAGAUGCAGCAUUUAAAGGUAGUGUUGCUGUGGGAGAGAUGGAGGAAGUGGAAGUGGAGAAGAUGGUAAAGUUGGCUGAGCAGUGCUUGGAGAGAAUAAAAUCUUUCAUUGGAAAGAGAAAUGAAACCUCUCUUUCUAGUUCUUCUAUAGUCCCAGAGCAGGCUUCAUCACUUGCACAGAUAACGCCUCAAAUUUUAGGGACGUCCAAUAAAUCAACAUUGGUGUCAAGUAAAUCAUACACGAUCGAGCAGAACUCUCAACAUCAAAGAGGGCUCUCGGAAGGUAUGGGGGAGGAAUGUCCUUUUCUGCCCCCUGACCUGUUCCAGAAGCUCCAAGUUGUAGAGUCACAAGACAGCAAAAAGGAAUUAACACCUAUUGAGGAGGCUUCAUGUCUGAACCAGAAACUAAAAGCUAAUUAUGAGGCACGUCUGGCACGACUUGCCCCUGGUCAGGCCACACAGAAAACGUCACUGACACUCUCUCUUCAGAGACAAAUGAUGGAGAACCUGAUUAUAGCCAGAGCACGACAAGAUGCUCUCCAAAGGAAGAUGGAAGAGAGAAGACUCAGGUUACAGGAGCAAGCCAACAGGAAGUUUUCUUCUUCUGUGAUUAUGACACCUGAAGAGCAGGAGCAGAGGGUUCUGUAUGCAAGUAUCUUGGAAUAUGAACAAGAUCAUGAGUGGCCUAGAGUAUGGAAAGCUAGCCUUAAGAAAAAUCCAAACGAUGCAGGUUUGGUUUCAGGCCUGGUGAACUAUCUCCUUGGUUGUCCAGAACAUCCUGUUGUGAAGCUAUUGAAGAAGCUCCAGUAUCAAGUUUAUAACAGGCUGUACCCCAUAAUAAGCCAAGCUGUUCCUUCAAGCCCAUUGCCUGGGCACUCUGUACGCUUAAAGCCUUCACGCAGCGCACAGAGCCUGGUAAUCCCUCAGAGUCCGCCGAGUCAGCUCAAGUCUGGUCUAAUCCACAGUCUGUCAGAUGCCUCCAUCUCACUCUCACCACUCCCUGACCUCAACGCUAACAACACGGCAUGCAAAAUAGACUCUGAAGAGCUCCCAACUCCAGUUCCUCCAGAUCGGGAGAACUCUUUUGAGGAUCUUGAGCAGUAUAUGACUCAGCUGGACUGGGCUUCAGCAUGUGCAGAAGACACAGUGUCUGAUAUGACCUUUGACUUGACCCACAGUGACAUGGAACCUCAUAUUCAGCACUUGGAGGAGCGAGCUUUAAAAGAACACCUGAAAGCCACAGUCAAGGAUAUCCACAAUGCCAUUGAUCGCCUGCUGUCUCUGUGUCUGCUUUCUUUUGAAUGUCUUAACACUGCAAGCUCCAAGGACCAAUGUUUAGCCUGCAUAGAAGAGGUGUUCUUCACCCCAAUAUGGAGCCCUCUACUGGCACUGUUUAGGAAGGUUCAUAGAGAUCGAGAGCUGGCUUUUGAGAGCAGUGUUCUCCUGUACCAUGAUGUCUCGCCUGCUGAUGUUGGUGUAGCAGACAAAUUAUUUCCCAAAGACCCUGCUGUUCUGCAGGGCUCCUAUCCAUACGAGUGUGCAGUGCAGGAACUAAAACUCCUGUGUAAAGACUGCUGUCCACAGAAGAAGCUAGAAUGCAUAGUAAGAACUUUGAGACUUAUUUGUGCCUGUGCUGAGCAUUACCGUCUUCAUCAAGAGAAGGAUCCCUUACCCAAAACAGCAGCCAUUGGAGCAGAUGAUUUGCUGCCUAUUUUGUCAUAUGUGGCCCUGCGCAGCGAACUACCUCAACUAGUCUCUGAAUGUGCUGCACUGGAAGAGUUCAUUCAUGAGGGGUAUUUGAUCGGAGAGGAGGGCUACUGCUUAACCUCAAUGCAGAGUGCCUUGACGUAUGUGGAGUCACUACACUUGGGUGGAACUGUGCAGCUGGCUGCCAAGCUCACCUGAGUCAGAGGUAAGAUGAUGCAUAUUUCGCCUGCUUUUUUCCUUUAUCCUUCAGUCCAAGGCAGGAAUUUCUCAUUAUUCCCUCCUCGCCAGGGCCGCCCGAUUAAACGCCCAUCUUCCAUUGAGCACAGAUUGUACAAGAGGUUUACACAAAGUGAGUCUGGAGUUUUCCAGUCUCAAAAGCGUGCAAGCUCUGAAUCCUGCUGUGUUGUAGAGUUACGUCCCAAAUGGUCUCGGGUUAAAGGAGCGGAAUCAGAUUGAUGUUAUGAGGAAUGUAUGCUGAAGGUGUAACUCAUUUAAUGGAAAAAUGAAAUUGAACAAUGUGCCUAAUUUUAUUGCCUUUUCAUCCUGUUUUGUUUUCCUCAUAAUGUAGUGCUUUGAAGUGUUUCACUUUGAGUGAAUAGAAGGCUAAACUACUACAACAUUUUUUUUUUUAUGCUCAGGCUAGUAUAGAAAUCCUUCUCCGGAACUAGAAUGGCAUAAUUGUACUGUUUAAAAUGACCACUGGGCAGUCAUGUGUGAAAAAAUUGUGAUGACUUUUUUUUUGUCAUUUUCUUUUUUUUUGUUUUGUUUUGUUUUUGCAAAUUGUGCCAAUUAAGUUUGUUUUAUCAUUAAACAAACCCAAUGUUUCAAGGAAAAAAAAAAAGGAAGUCUCUUCACUUUGGCACAGUAUAGUUAGCUCAAUUGAUCACAUUUCAGACAAAUAUUAUCUAUUUUGGAGACAUAUCUUUAGUGAUUGGUGUGCAAACAAGUCAUUGCUGGUUGGAUAUGAAGUGGAUUCUCACACUGUCCACAUCCUGAUCUUAAAAACAGCCUGGCAGGAGAGAGAGCCGCUAUUUGAUUAGCUUAACUCCUGGUUUUGGACAACUUAUUUAAACAUGUAUUGAAUAUCAUAUCAUUUUUAACACUCCAGCAGUACACAUAUUAUAUAUACAUAUUAUAAUGUU